GCAAGGUAAUGGCAAACAUGGUGGGUCAUUGAAAUUAUAAAGUUGGUUGUCUUCUUUUUCUUUUGUUGAAAAAAAUUUAUUGCCGUCCCCUUAUGUCUCCACCAUAAUUUCGUCCAAUGAUGAAAGCAGUUUUCACGCGUAAUUGUUAGAAUACUUUAAUUUCCAAAUUACAUUUUCUCUCUCAACUCAGCUUUAUGUGCAAAGAUUUACAGAUACAGGGGACUUUCAUUUCCUGGAGAACACCAAUCCAAUCGUUGGUUUUAUGUACUAAUUCAUAUCUCUGAGCUCUAGUCAAGUUAACUGAAGUCUUCUUAGUGAUGGUGAAUUAUAUUGGCUUAUAGAAGAAGAUUUUCAAGCUCAAAGAACAUCAUCACAGUUGGGUCAAGUUAUUGGAGACAUUGUGGGUCAUCCAUUGAUAAAAACAGAGAGGUGAUUGUGCAAAGAUUUACAGAUAUCAGAGAAGUUUCAUUUCAAGGAGAACACCAAUUGUUUGCAAGGAUCUGAUCAAAGAACUCAAAUACACUUCAUUCUGAGUGUGAAAUUUUACUUCAGAUUCUUUUACUUAGAAGAUUCUCAAGCUCAAAUAGCAUCAUCAUAGUUGGGUCAAGUUAUUAGAGACAUUGUGGGUCAUCCAUUGAUAAAAGCAUAGAGAUGAUUGUGCAAAGAUUUAUAGAUACAAGAGAAGUUUCAUUUCAAGGAGAACACCAAUCGUUUGCAAGGAUCUGAUCGAAGAUCUCAAAUACAUUUUAUUCUGGGUGUGGAAUUUUACUACAGAUUCUCUUACCUAGAAGAUUCUCAAGCUCAAAUAGCAUCAUCACAAUUGGAAUACAGGUCAUAGUAUUUUCUCACAGAGCAUAGUUUUCUAUUGUGUCAAGAUAUAUCUUAAUAGAAAAAGAUAAAGGUCUAGUCUAGUCAAAACCAGAUGCUUGCGCUUUGUUGGUAGUUACUCAAAGCUUGACAUUUCACGAAAAUAUCAUUGGUUUUUAUGCAAGAUAUAUUGAUGGAGAUCGUAACUGCUAUUGUAUCAAAGGUUGGAGAAUACCUAGUGGAGCCGACCAGAAACCAAGCCCGUUAUAUAUUUCGUUUCAACACAAUUGUUGAAGAUCUUACAAAAGCAGAGCGAAACUUGAAAUCGAAACAGCGUGAUGUGGAGGAAGAAAUCAAAGCUGCAGAAAGAAAUGAUGAAAAAAUUAAGGCAACUGUACAAGAUUGGCUAUCUGAUUCGGGAAAAAUCAUGGAAGAAGUUGAGACGUUGAAAGGAAAAAUAGAAGUUAAUAAAACUUGUCUUAAUGGGUGGUGUCCUAAUUGGGGCUCUCGACAUCAGUUGGGGCGCAAAGCAACCAAGACAAGCAUUCAAUUGAAGGAAAUUAUAGAUAGAGGCCAAUUUGAAAGAGUGGGGUGUCGUGCUCUUCUAUCAGGUGAACCUUCAGCACCUAAAGAUCCUGCACAUCUAUCAGGUGAACCUUCAGCACCUAAAGAUCCUGCACCUCUAUCAGGUGAACCUUCAGCACCUAAAGAUCCUGCACCUCUAUCAGGUGAACCUUCAUCACCUAAAGAUUUUGAAUUUUGCCGGUCUACGAAGGCUGCUUUUGAUGGGAUUAUGGAGGCACUUAAAAAUGAUGGCACCCAUAUCGUUAUAUUGUAUGGGAUGGGCGGUGUGGGUAAAACAACUUUAGCAAGAGAAGUGCGUAAAACGGUCAAAGAAAAGGGCAUUUUUAAGGAGGUUGUGAUGGCUAUUGUAUCGCAAACUCCAAACUUCAGAAGUAUUCAAGGUCAGCUAGCUGACUUCCUAGAUUUGAAACUUACGGAGGAAACUGAAGAGGGAAGAGCUCAGAGGUUGUCUUCAAGAUUGUCAAAGUCUAAUAAUAGCCUUGUAAUCCUCGAUGAUGUUUGGGAAGAAUUCAAUUUCGAGGAAAAAAUAGGUGUUCCAUUGAGCAAAGGUUGCAAAAUGCUUUUGACAACCCGCAACAAAAAAAUAUACGCUCAUAGGGAGUAUCAAUCGUUAAUUCCUCUAAAUGUUUUAGAGAAACAUGAAGGAGUGGCGUUACUCAAAAGGCAAGCAGGUAUAGAUGAUGACUGUGACAACUUGAAUACUUUGGCUACUCGAAUUGCUAAUGAAUGUGACGGUUUGCCUUUAGCAAUUGUAACCACCGGAAGGCACUUGAGUGGAGAGAAAAAUAUUGAAAUGUGGGAAUUUGUGUGUGAAAAACUAAAAAAGUCAAAACUGGAGGAUUUAUGUCAUGUUAAUAGUGAACAGAGAGGUGUCUAUGCCAGUCUUAAGUUAAGUUAUGAUUAUUUGAAGACAGAUGAAAUUAAAUUCUGUUUUUUGAUGUGUUCACUAUUUCCUGAGGAUUUUGAAAUUCCUUUGGAGGAUUUGGUUAGAAUAGGAGUGGGGUUAGAUUUGUAUAAAGAUGUUUCAUCCAUUGAAGAAGCAAGAAGGGCCUUACGUUCAAUGGUUGAAACCCUGAAGGAUUUGGGUUUGCUAUUAGAUGCUUAUGGAAAAGAAUUUGUGAGAAUGCAUGAUAUAGUUCGUGAUGUUUGUCUAUGGAUAACAUCAAAGGGGGAGAAUAUAUUCAUGAGCAAGAUUGGCAUAGAUUUGACGCAGUUGACAAGGGAGAAAGGUUGGAAACAAUAUACAGCAAUCUCCUUGUUGGAGAACAAACUAAAAGCGCUCUCUGUUAGACUGGUAUGUCCUAAGCUUAAACUAUUGCUAUUGGGUGGUGAAAAUCAACGGUCACAGUUGAAAGUUUCAGAUGAAUGUUUCGAAGAGAUGAAAGCACUAGAAGUUGUAAGUUUAAGAUAUGCAGACCUUUCAUUGAAAUCACUUCAAUUCUUGACAAAUCUCAAGACUCUAGAGUUGUGUUAUUGUAAUUUGAGAGACAUUUGUUCCCUUGCCAAGCUGAAAAAACUUGAGAUUCUUAGCUUUAGAGGUUCUCGUUUUGACGAAUUACCAAUAGAAUUGAGUGAACUUAAGGAACUAAGAAUGUUGGAUUUACGUGAGUGUUAUCAGCUAAAAAAAAUUUCUUCCGAUUUACGUGGGUGUUAUCGGCUAAAAAGAAUUCAUUCCAAUUUGAUACGAAGCCUUUCUCAAUUAGAAGAAUUAUACAUGGAGGACAUCUUUGAAGAAUGGGAGGCUGAAGAGAAGAGUAUAGAAACAGGCAAUGCUAGGCUUUCAGAGGUAAAUUAUCUACCUUGCUUGGCUGUUCUAUAUUUGAAAAUAAAUUCAAAAUGCCUUCCAAAAGACUUUGCUUUCUCCGAACUUUCAAGGUAUGAAAUUUGUGUGAACAGAAGUUCUUAUGGAUAUUCAGAAUCAUCAAAAGCUUUAAGAAUUGCUAAUAUUGAUGCAACCUUAUUGACUGCAUUAUUUAAAGCACUAUAUCAUAGUGUAGAACAUCUUAAUUUGGAACAAGUAACAGGUUGUCAAAAUAUCCUCCCAAGCAUUGACCAAAAGGGAUUGAAGAAGUUGAAUACUCUUGAGGUUAUACGUUGUAAAGACUUGAAAUGCAUGAUGGAUGUAUCGCAAGUGGGGGAAGAAAAUCCUAAGUUGCAUCCAAGUUUAGCAAAUUUAUAUUUGGAAGGGUUACCAGAAUUGCAGUGUAUAUGGAAGGGGCCCAUGUCCAUUCAUAUUGUAAACUUCCAAAGUCUUACGGAUGUUAAUGUGGGAUGAUGCAAAAGCUUGGCUUAUCUUUUCACUUUAUCAAUUGCCCGGAGUUUGGGGCAGUUGAAAUCACUCCGUGUAACAGCUUGUGAGAGUUUGGAGUUCUUGAUCAAGAUAGAAGAGGGUGAUAAUGGCAGGGGAGAGAAAAUGUUGUCAAAAUUAGAAGAUCUCCGAAUUCACGGAUGCAAGAGAUUGGAAUAUGUUUUUCCAGUGUUUGUUGCAACAGGUCUUAUGCAACUUAAAAAUCUUGAAAUAGAAGAUACAGCAGAGUUGAAGCAAGUAUUUCAUGGAAAAGAAGAAAAUGAUGUUGCAGAGGAAGGAAAGGACAUCAAGUUGCCUAAUUUAAAAAAGCUAAACGUUUACAAACUU